GGUCGUGGCGACGACGCGCACAAUUUGCUGUUGCCCCUUUGGCGGUCCAAUCUGGUUUUGACGGGUCAAAUGUCAAACCCUCCUUCCUAUUAAAACUUUGCCAAUUUCCCCCAAUUGCUCAAAGAUUCAUCGAUCGCUCGUUUGUCUUUUUCAUCCCCAAAUCUAAUCUUGUACACCACCCGUUUCUGCGUUGAAUCUAGGGCGGCGCGUGAAUUGCGCUUGCCGUGAAUCGCCCUCGCGUCUUAUAUCGCCGAAUCUGGAUGGGCCAGUCUCCGUCGAUCCACCAAUCCUCGCCGGGUGGGUCUACUCACCGUAACCGUAGUUGUUAUCCGAAGCCUGUUGCUAAACACCGCCGAUCAAUGUCUGAUCAUUCACAGCAGGAUGUUUCGUCGGAUGAAGAUGCCGCGCCAAGUUCGGACGACGGUUUAGGAGGUUGCGAUUUCAGCGACGGGAUUCCUGACGAAUGCUUAGCGCUGAUUUUUCAAUCCUUGAGCUCCGGUGACCGGAAAAGCUGCUCCCUCGUCUGCCGGAGGUGGCUCCUCGUGGAAGGACAGAGCCGCCACCGUCUCUCCCUCAACGCCAAAUCCGAUGUCCUCCCGCAUGUUCCUGCAAUCUUCUCUCGAUACGAUUCCGUUACGAAGCUAGCUCUCCGCUGCGACCGCAAAUCCGUGAGCAUCAACGAUGAGGCUUUGGUCCAAAUCUCCCUCCGCUGCAGUAACCUCACGCGCCUGAAGCUGCACGGCUGCCGCGACGUCACCGAUGUCGGGAUGGCGGCCUUCGCGCUCAACUGUAAGAGCUUGAAAAAGUUCUCCUGCGGGACUUGCAUGUUCGGAGCCAAAGGUAUGAAUGCUCUGCUCGAUCACUGCUCUUCCCUUGAGGAACUAUCGGUCAAACGCCUCCGCGGCAUCAACGAUGGCCUCGCUGCUGAGCCAAUUGGCCCAGGAGCGGCGGCUUCGUCGCUGAAAUCGAUUUGUUUGAAAGAGCUUUAUAAUGGACAAUGCUUUGGACCAUUGAUUAUUGGAUCAAAGAAUUUGAGAACUCUUAAGCUAUUGCGUUGUUUGGGGGAUUGGGAUAGCAUUUUGGAGAAUGUUGCUUCUAGGCCAAAUUGUUUAGUUGAAAUGCAUUUAGAGAGGCUUCAAGUGAGUGAUGCUGGGCUCAUAGCAGUGUCCAAUUGUUUGGAGUUGGAAAUUUUACAUUUGGUUAGGACUCCUGAAUGCACAGAUGAAGGUGUUGUAGCUGUGGCCAAAAACUGUAAGCUAUUGAGGAAAGUUCACAUCGAUGGAUGGAGAACGAACCGGAUAGGUGAUGAUGGCUUGCUUGCUAUUGCUGAGAACAGUGCAAACCUUAAAGAGCUGGUCCUCAUUGGUUUAAACCCUACCUUCAUUAGUCUCUCUGCUAUUGCUUCUAAUUGUCAGCAAUUAGAAAGAUUGGCUCUUUGUGGUAGCGAGACAAUUGGUGAUACUGAAGUGUCAUGUAUUGCCAGUAAAUGCGGGGCUCUGAAGAAGCUUUGUAUCAAGGGCUGUGAGGUGAGUGAUGACGGGAUUACCGCUUUCGCUUGGGGCUGUCCGAAUUUGGUGAAAAUUAAGGUCAAGAAAUGCAAACGCGUUACUGGAGGGGCUGCGGAUUCAUUGAGGGCAGUAAGGCAUUCCUUAGCGGUGAAUUUAGACGUUGAUGAAAUUGAAGCUGAGCCUGUAGAUGGUAGUACAAGCGAUGCUGGAGCACCCGAUGAAGGUGUAGAGUUCCACUCUGCUGUGAGUACAGUGACCAGUGGUGGUGGUGGUGGUGGUGGUGGUGGUAGCGGUAGCGUUGUUGUUGAUGCUGAUAUGCCAUCGAGCAGUAAUGGAGGUCGAUCAUUGGCAUCUAAGUCAAGGGGCUCGGCUGGAACAGACCUAUAAGGGUUGAAUCUUUCCACCCAUUCUGUGUUGAAUAUCAUUCAUCCUGUGGGAACACUGGGUGAACAAUGUCAUAGUGUUGGUAUGUUCUGAGGCUCUAUGGUUUGAAUAUGCAGAGAAAGUGAUUGGAAAUAUUGGGUUUGAUUUGGUCAAUGUAGAUUUCCCUGGGCGUUGAGGACCUGGGAUUGAUAGAUCAACGGCUGACCAAUUCAACAAGACUCUGGAGCACAUUGUGAGGUGAAAAAAUAGGGGCAGAGAGAGGAAGGUUCAGCCUGAAAUGUCAUGUAAAGUUCCAACUUCCUGUUGGCUUUUAGAUAUCUCAAUUGUAGAUCUGUGUAAAUGACGAUUCCAAAAAAUAAAAUCAUACUCAGCUUCAUCACUUUAUAAAA